AGAGCUCCUCUCUCACACUCCGGAUCACAUCAUAACUUUGAGAGGUGGGAAAACGGCGCCGAUUUCUCCUCCAGUUUAACGACAACAGAGGCGACAAGGACGCGCACCGGGAGACCAAUGGAGAAAUCCAAAAACUUUCGCAUUGACGCGCUCCUAGCAGUCGAUACACCCAAGGUGCAGACCUCGCCGCUCUCGCUUGUAACUUCCCUGUCCUCCUCCUCCUCCAUCCCGUCGUCUGGAAGCGUUGCGGCCCCGGACCUGACCACCAGCGCCGAGUCUUUACGCAAUGAAACCCCGUCUCCGCCGAGGAUUUCCACCUGCGGUCUGAUACCUAAACCGGGCUUCCUCAACAGCCCGCACAGCAUGGUUGGAUUACAUCCGCAGAGUACCGCAGGGAUCCCGGCACAGGCUCUCUACGGUCACCCUAUGUACACUUACUCCGCUGCUGCCCUCACAGGCCAACACCCUGCCCUGUCCUACUCCUAUCCACACGGCUCCCAUCACCACCACGCCAGCGAUCCCAUAAAACUGACAGCGAGCACCUUCCAGCUGGACCACUGGCUCCGGGUCUCCACGGCCGGGAUGAUGCUCCCCAAAAUGUCUGACUUUAAUUCCCAGGCGCAGUCCAACUUGCUUGGAAAAUGCAGAAGACCAAGAACUGCAUUCACAAGUCAGCAGCUGCUGGAACUGGAGCAUCAGUUCAAACUGAAUAAGUAUCUGUCACGACCGAAGCGCUUUGAAGUGGCCACGUCCCUCAUGCUGACAGAAACCCAAGUGAAAAUCUGGUUUCAGAACAGACGCAUGAAGUGGAAGAGAAGUAAGAAGGCCAAAGAGCAGGCCGCCCAGGAGGCCGAGAAGCAGAAAGGUACCAAGAGCGGCCAGGAGAAAGGAGACGGACUCGAACAGUCGGAUUAUCACAGCAAGACAGACUCAAAAAAUGGCAGGAUAAGAGAUUUCAGAGACAGUGACGACGACGAGGGCGACAAUUUCCUGUACAACUCCUCAGACUGCUCUUCGGACGACGAGAGGAACCACAACAGCGACAUAAGCCCACAACCUUGAAAUCGAAACAAAGGCUUAAAGGUGGCGAUCUCAGUUUCUAACGACUCUAGGGGGGAUUUACGCUGUAUUAAAAUGCAGUUGCAUGUAAUCCGACCUCUAAUCACCUACAUGAAAUUAUUGAGAUUUUUUUUAAUGUUAUGAAAAAUAUAAGACUUUAGGUCAAGAAUAGACCCCGGUGUCGUAAACAAGCAAUAAAGCAGGAGAUUUAAAUCAGCACUCGGCUAUAGGUAAACUGUGACAUAUUGCAUGAUUAUAUGCAAACGCUGUAAACUGGCUCAGGAUUUUGCAACCUUUACCUGUCACGUGGUUAGUUUAUCAGCAAUAAUCUUUCAAUAACAUCCUAUAGCCCACAUACUAGUUAGAUAUUUUGUUCUUUGUGAUGUUACUUCCGUGGUGUGUCAUAUCACGCUGAAAAAAAAAUGUUCUGUUUAUUUUUCUAUACUGUAUUUAUAAAAGGGUCAUAAAAGUGCAUGCUAAAUUAUUGUUUAGCGUCUCUCUUGCUGCAAUACACCGUGAAAUAAAAUGUUUUAUAUUAAAAAAAAAGAAGAAAGAAAAGUGUUUAUAUCGACCCCUUUUCCUUAAGAAAUAGUCCCUUGAUUUAUGACUUGCUUGCAGUGCGUGGCCCUGGAAGCGGACAGAGGCGUGAGUUUUUCCUCCUUGCUCUGACAGCUCGGGUCAUGGGAAUUACUGUUAAUAGCGCUGUCGGAUCUGUGCAAACGUGCAGUGAGCGCAAACAGCAAGUAGGCAGUCAGACGCAGGAAACAUUUCGCACCACACUAGCAAUGGGCUCGCAUUAAUAAAGCAUUUAAAAGGCGCGCUGAGCGACAACCUGGCUGCUCAGGCACUAUUUUCAGGAGUGGGAUCAUUUUACAACUGAGCCUAACGAACAAAGAAUGAAAUAUAUUAGGUUGAAGUAUAUGGUUUAUGUACUGUGACACAAAUUUAAAGAUUUUACAAAAUGAAUAAACCCCACGGAGCUUUUGUUAAUACUGGCUGUUCUCGUGCGUAUUUGGUGACGUUGGACACCAGGAGAAUUUCCUCUUAUCUGACGCUCAUCAAAAACUAUUUAAAUUAAAACAAUAUAAUUUGGUCACUUUAAUCCGAUUUCAAAAAACAACUAUUAGUGACAAGUAUAUUUAAUGAUUUAGGUGGGUUGCUUUCUAAUUUACUGAUAUCCAACAUUUCAUUUUACUUCAUUAUGACAAACAUGGGUGACAUCUACCAGUCAGACUGAGCUUAAUUACUCACCUGUGAUUGUAUCAUUUUUCCCAUGAGUGGAGCCAUGGCAGGGUCUGACAGAUUAUGUGUCAUUAGUGACAGGAUUACUGAAGGGUCUGUUGGUUAUCUUCGCCUGUUUGCAUUAGCUUUGGCAGCCUAAAUCAAAGUUCAGCUGAGGGUCAGUCCCAACUAGAGUAUACACCAGGUAAAGGUGUAAAGACUCAUGGCUGCAGACUAGUGCAUGGACUAAACAGUGAGCCCAUUGAUCCCAUUGUCUUCCACCAUCUACCGAGCCGUGUCUCAUUUUCUCAGUGGAUUUGUAUCUUCGCGUAGAUGAUGCUCUCACCUCUGAAUCCCCUUUGACGGGAGCCUACUGCGUAGUUUGAGCGCUAGUCACAGUCAUUUCCUCUGGCUGACCUUGGUGGCCGAUUCCCGACCUCAGGCCAGGCUCCAGCUUUAGAUUGAUACGGGCCAUUGUUGCUAAUUAACAGGAGCAAGUAUCAAAUGUAACAGAAUGACUCUGCUAUGCUAACCACGCGGAGAAGACACUGGUGUCAGCGAGCAAACAGAAAUUCAAGGCACCGGGUCACUUCAUCUGGGCGUGUAAACACUGAAUGAACAUGUUUACGUCAGUGGAAACACCAACAGGGGUUCAAGACUGAACAAAAGGGCUCGGGUGAAACGCGCUUUAUUCUGCCUGAGGUGUAAAUAGGUUCAGUUAAGCCCAGAAGAAUGGUUCCAGGUGUCUGAACUGAUCACCUCUUGUUGAACACUGCCUCCAAGAGGGCGGUCUCAGAAAAAAAAAAGAAAAAAACGUAACGGCAUACUGAAAGAAAUAAGAGAAAAUGGUCUGAAUUUAACUCUGUAAUCUUAACAUGGUAUAGUACAAAAUUUGUUAAUGUUUUAUUAACAAACAUACAAAUACCAGUAUAGAAAAUGUGUGUAGUAGAUGAAAAUGUGCAAUAUUUAUGGUAUUGCGAGGAAAUCACUAUGAAACUAAAGAAAACCUGCACUGAAAUAUAACACACCAGUCUGAGACAGGUGUGUUUUUGAAGGGAUUAAUAUUGUCCACAGUUAAAAAUCUCAAUGUUAAUAAUUAUGUACAAGCACAUCCUAUAUCGCAAAUGUUCAUUAAAUAUCAAAAAAAAAAAAAAA